UUUCAGUUUUCGGUUUCAGUUUCGUUUGCAACGUGCGCGCGAAAAGACACAAGAGUCGUAUAGUGCGAGAAAAAACCAGUUGGCCGAGUCCUACGACGAAUUUUGAGAAAAACCCCACCUUUAACACCCCCAAAAGAACCACCGAAACAAGGCCAAGAUGUCGCACUCAGUGACCAUUACCCGCACCACCACCAGCACCACCAACACUUCCUACAUCGUCCUGAACACGGGCUAUCUGAAGACCUUCCCCGGAAUUCUCAAGCUCUUUCAGCUGAUCAUUGGUGCCGCCAUUGUGGGUAUUCUGGCAUAUAACUAUCAGGAUUACCGCAGCUAUUACAGCCGGGGCCAGCAGGAUCUGUUCCAGUAUCUCAUGGCCGUGACCUUUAUGAUAGGAACGUUUUGCUUACUCCUUGCCUGCCUCACGUCGCUGAGUACGGGUGGCAUUAUUGCCAAGACGAUCUAUGAGCUGAUUUACCACAGCGUUGCCGCCAUCCUGAUCCUCGUUUCGUCCACCUUCCUGCUGAUCCGGUUGCGUGACGUGAAGCACGACGCCUAUAUGGUGGCCGGCGUUUUGGGAUUGGUCAAUGCGGUGCUGUACUUCAUCAGCGCCUUCUUGGCCCACCGGUCCUACCGCGGCAUUUAAGCAUUAAAACCAACCAAAACCCAUACCCACGCCCACUCGGCAACUCCCGCAAACUUUUGCAACUCCCCUCAGCGAGUGUUCAAGUGGAAUCAGCAAUCUCGAAGCAUUUGUUCUUCCCACAUCGACAUCCAAAUCCAUAUCCACUUCUAACCAUCGGAUCGGCCAGACGGAGGAGGCGAGAGCCCGGGCGUAGUAGAUGUAUAGAAAGUGGGUGCCAAGCGGCGGAAUCUUUGUUGUACCGUGAAACGUUCUUUGGCGCUAGUGACACUUACUUAUAUUUUAACUGAUCUAUACAACUUUUUUUUGUCUCACUUUCUUUUAUACCAAGCAAUUGUCAUGUAUUCGAAUAAAGAUGUGUGUCUAUAUGUUUUUCUAUAAA